AUGAUAAUAAAAAAAAUAAUUAAUAUAAUUUUUAUUAUAUUAAUUUUAAUAAAUUGUAUAUAUUUAAUAAAUUGUAUAAAUGUAAAAUCAAGUAAAAUUAUAGAAAAAUCAACAAAUGUAUUAGGAGUUGAGUUUGAUUAUGCAUUAAUAGAUUUUGAAUUUGAUCAAGAUUUAUAUCGUAUUAGAAAUGUUCCAUGUGGUAACUUUGAUUGUACUUUACCAAUAAUUAAUGGAAAUAUUGAUUGUUCAUGCGAUUAUACCAAUAUGAAUGAAUGUCCAAAAAUAUUGGAUUCAUCAUGUGACCAAACAUUAUGUAAUGUUGAUUUUUGUAAUAGUACAAAAUAUCCAAAUUGGGAUACAAUAAAGGCAAAUGUUCCAACAAAUUUUGAAUCUACAGAUAAACCAAUUACAAUUCGUUAUAAAGCAAAUGCAUUCAUUUGUGAAGGCAUAAGAAUUGAGUCAUCUCAAAAUCAAGGUAGAUACUACAUAUCUAUUGGAAAUUCACCAUCAAGUCUAUUCAAUAGAUUAACUCCAAACAUUUCACCAGAUACUUUUAUUCAACCAGCGUUUUGUCCAUCUGAUAAUGGUUUUGAUCUUGAUGGUACCUCUUUAGAUGUUUGGACUUUGGAUACUUAUUUCUUAACAAUUAUACCAUUAUCAAAAUAUAUAAACUUUAAUUUAACAAUAAUUUCAAAAGAAAUAUAUUUAAUUAUUAAUUUUUUUUUUUUUUUUUUAUUUUUAGAAAUUCAACCAACAUCAAAAUUACCAACAACAACAUGUACAAAUUUACCAAAUUUACCAGAUCAUGAAUGUAUUGUUGAUGGUGUACCAGCAGUUGGUGAAACUAAACUUGCAAGUGAACUUGCUUAUUACACUUUUCAAGUUACCAAACCAAGUAUUGUUUCAUUUUCAGCACCAACAAUUUUCCAAGAUAUUGAUUUUUUCAUUUCAGAUGAUCCAUCAAAUACAAAACCAAAUUAUACAAACCCUUCAAAAUGGGAAUGUAUUAAUGAAAAUGAUGAUUAUAUAAUUUUAUCAUUAAAACCAAAUUCAGAUGGUACCCCAAAAACUUUAUAUAUUACAGUAUCAACAUAUUAUGCAUCAGUUUAUUCAUUUACAAUAUCAACAUUAACAACAACAGAAUUAAUAUCAAUUAGUGAUAAUUAUGCAAGAGGUGGUGCAUUUUCAAUUUUAGGAUCAUCAAGAUUAUUCUUACCAAAUGGUAGUUUUUAUAAAUGUAGUGGUUGGUCAACCUGUACAUCCUAUUCAAUUUUAUACCCAUUUUUAGAAUCAUUUCCAGUUUGGCCAAUUCCAGCACAAUUUGUUGAUGAUUAUAGAUUUAAUAAAAUCACUUAUUAUAAUGAUAAAAGUAGAAAAAAUCAUUAUUCAACUGCAUUUUUAUUAUCAACUACUGAAGGUGAAUUUUCUCAAUUAAAUAAAGGUUUUCAAGAUAUUUUAACUUCAAAAAUUGAAUUUUUAAAUACUUUGGUUGAUAAAAAUGGAAAUCCAUUAGAAGGUAAUUUUACAUUAACAUUAAAUAAUGAAUUAAAAUGUGAUAAUGAAAAAUUUGAAGAAUUAUUAAAGGAAAUGGAUAGUUUAGAGAGUACAUUAUAUAAUAAUACUGAUUUUUCAAUUGUAAAUUCAAUUAUUUUUAAUAUUGAUACAUUGACAUUAUCAGAUUCAUGGAAAGCAUGUAGUGAUAAAGCAGGUAGUUUUUUACAAACUGAUAAUAGUUUUGUUAAUAAAAGUCUUUCAGUUUGUUCAUAUUCAUCGAAUGACCCAGAAUAUGAUUUGGAUCCAUGUUGUAAUGUUACAUUAUCAUUUUUCCAAUGUUGUCAACCAAAAAUGGUGCCAGUGAAAGUAUCAGAAUUCAUUGGAAUCUAUGAUGAUUUGGUUGAAGAUCAAUGUUUUAGUUCACAAUGUACAGCAUCAGUUUUAAAUGAAUAUUAUAAUUCAUUAUCAGUAGUUAGUGACUGUGAUGUACCAGCAUUUGUUUCAACCAAUAGUGCAAUGGAAAUGAGAGAUGCAUUAAGAGAUUGUAAAGAUGUUUUAAAUGAUACACCAUGUAUUUCCGAUAACGAUUGUGGUACCUAUGGUCCAACUAACCAAUCAAUCAUUUGUGAUUUAAAACAAAGAAUUUGCAUGAUACCACCAGAACAAUUGGAUUUGAAAUAUUUAGAAUGUGUUUUCAAUAGGUUACCAGCAUCAUAUACUUAUUCAUUUUUAAAUAAAUAUGGUAUUCAAAGUAAUGCUUCAUUAAUUUCAAAUGUUUUCAACGCAAUGAGUUGGGAUGAUUGUACCAAUCAAUAUGGUAAUGAUUAUCGUGGUACCUAUACUUAUACUGCUAGUGGUAUUGGUAUUAAUUAUUCAUGUUAUCCAACAACCAAUUGUUUAGAUCAUUCUUGUGUAACUGUACAUGAUGCUUGUUUCGAUGGUCAGAUCGGUGGUUGGAGUUUUUCAUUACAAUCAAAUUUAGAUACUUGUGAAUCAAUUGGAUUCUGUCAAAUUCCAACAGAUUGUGAUCCUGAAGUUGAUGACGAACAAACUUGUAUCGAUAAAUGUAAUGCAAUUCAAGAGUAUUGUGGUUAUUGUUCAACAAAUUCAACAGAUUGUUUUAAUUUCGACGAUAACUUUGAUGAAGUUCAAUGUAAAUCACCAACUGUAGCAAAUGUUUGUAUAUUAUCAAAUGGUGAAGUAUUAUAUGAUGUUGAUCCAACUGAUUGUGAAAAUAAUUAUGGUAAUUGUAAUUUACCAUGUGGUAAAGAAUGUGUUGGUUUAGGUUAUAGUGGUUGUGGUGUUGAAGGUGGUAGCUUCUAUAUGAAUGAAACAGUUUGUCAAACAAUUUUAAAUACAACUUGGUCUGAAGAUAAUUAUAUGUGUGAAUUAGCAAAUACUAAAACUAAAGAAGCAUGUGCUGCAUUAAAUGAUGAUGGAGUUGAUCUUAUUUAUCAAUGGGUAGAUUGUGAAAAUCAACCAUAUGAUGAAUGUUAUGAUUUUACAUUUAGUCAAUGUUAUCUUCAACCAAUUGAAUGUGCAACCAAAGCAGAAUGUGAAAAUGCAGGUCAAUGUUCAGAUUCUUACUUUUUCACAACAGAAAAUGUACCAUACUAUCCAGAGAACAUGGGUAAAUGUGUUAGAGGUCAUUUCGCUUAUUUAACUGGUUUCCAAACUCCAACUUGUGAUACAUUCUAUCAGUCAGAUUCACCAAUGGGUUGUUUCCCAUAUUAUCCAGAGGGUUCACAUAGAGUUUGUAAUUUACAAGCUGAUGAAGGUUUCACUUGGUGGGCACCAGCAACAACACGUGAAGAAUGUGAAGCACCAAUGGGUUGUAAAAUCCUUGAUAAUAGUCCAUACAAUUUACCUUAUAAUUUUAGAUUCAAUCAAAUGACAGAAGAACUUUGUACAGGAUGUGGUAAUGAAUCAUUAAAUUCUUGGGAAAAUAUUUUCCAAUGGACUCCAGCAGUUUGGCAAGGUGGUAUCUCUAUUAAACCACAAUGGAGAACCAAUCAAUAUGUUUAUCCAACCUCUGUUAGAAAAGUAUUAAAUUAUGAACAACUUUUUAAUGAAUUGGAUGAUUCAGUAAAUACUCAUAUUGCAGAUCUUUAUCGUUCUGAAGUAUUAUGUAGAAUGGAAAGAGUUGAAGGUAAUUUACGUUCAAUUAGUUGUAGUUGUUCUGAAAAUGGUUCACCAGAUUGUUUCUCAUCAUCGGCAUUAUUAUUAGGUCAAUCUAAACCAUGUGCAAAUGAAGAAUCAUCAUAUGAUUUUUCAUUUGGUAGAGUUGAAUUUACUAAGAAAUCAGUACAAUCGGGUUGUACAUCAGUAUUGGUAUCACAAGUUUCUCAACAACUUUAUAAAUCAACUAUUGCACAAACUUUAUCAUCAAAUUUCGUAUCAUAUAAAAAGCCUGACAAUUAUGGUAUUCUAAAUGAUAAAGAUGCAAUUAUUGGUACAAUUUUAGGUGAUGGUAUAACUAUUAAUACACAAGGUGUUUUAUCAUUAACAAUUUGUUUACAAUUUAAUGGUACAAAAUAUUCAAAAUCCUAUGAUAUUUAUGAUUUUGCAAUCUCAACUUCAAAUUCACCAUUAAGACCAUUGGAUGUUGAAACUUUUACUAAAAAAUCGCCAGUUGAUGAAAGUGAAUUACUUUGUACAAUAUUAACCAAUUUCACAGAGGAUAAAUCAUUCUUUCCAAUUAUUCGUAUUGAAAAUUGGUCAAGUCAAGAGAAAGAAGUUUUUGAUAAAACUGCAACCGGUUUAAUUUAUACAUUGGCUUGUAUUUUCAUGUUAACAGCAAUUUGGGGUAUUUUCCAAGUUGUAAUGGUUGUUAUUAGAAAAUAUAAAGGUGUCGAACAAAUUAAAUUGGUACACUUUUUAAUUGUGAUUGUAUCAAUUUUCAUUUUAAUUAGAGCCAUUUAUUUCUUUAUUAUACCAAGUGGUGCACUUCAAAAUAAUUCAAGUGCAGAUUAUAUUUUAGUGGUUUUACCAACUUUUAUUUAUUUUACAGCUUUUACCAUUAUCGUUUCACUUUGGUAUAUGAUUGUAAAUUCUAAAGAUUCUGGUAGAACAUUAUUUAAACGUUUGAAAAUUAUAAUUUUAGCUACAAAUCUUAUACUUUAUUUAUUAUUCAUUGUAAUUGUAUUGGUAUUCAAUUAUACUGAAGAUCAUCCAAGUAAUGAUUGUGGUACUAGAAUCGUUUUAGAAGUUUCAAGCACAACCUCGCAAUAUGUAGUUUCAAUUGUUUAUGCCAUUAUUCAAGCUAUAAUUUCUUUUGUUAUUGGUUCAGCUUUCCUUUAUUUGGGUGGUUCAUUAUAUCUAUCAAUGAGAUCAAUUAAAAAAAAUAGAAAUGGUGGUAGUACAAAUGGUGGUAGUAGUUCAGGUGGUGGCAGUGGUUCAAGCGGAAAUAGUUCCUCAAGCCAACAUCAAAAGAAAAUAUUUAUAGUUACAUUUGCUUGUUCAAUUGGUUUUAUCAUUCAUUGUGUUUUCGUUUUAAUUUUAGUUGCUGCAAAUCCUUCAAAUAUUACAUUUAGUUUCUUAGGUUUAAUUAUCACUGAAAUCAUUCCUUCACUUUCAAUUUUCUAUUGUUAUAAUCAAGGUCAUUUCACUGGUUUAAAACAAUCAACUAAUAUUGUUCAUUUAGAUUAUGUAACUCCAAAUCGUGAAGAUUUUAAUUCAAAUUCCAGAAGAGUUGGUGAGUCCGGUUUAUCCUAUAAAAAUAAUUCUUCCACAUCAACAAAAGAAAGUUUUGAUUCUUCUUCAUUUAGAAGAUAA